CAACAAAAAGAAGAAGAAAAAGACAUAGAAGAGGAUUAAUAGCAGAAAGAAGGGGGGACAGAAAUGUACACGCUGGUAGAACUUUCUGCUUUGUACAACAACAAAGCCAUAUGCAUAUUUCACUAUAUGCUCAUAUGCUAGCUGUUCUGUUUUACCAUUAUUCAUCUUCGAGCACUGUGCUUCCUUCUCUUCAGAUGUUGAAUUGAUAGAGGGGAAGAAGAGGGGUUUACUAUUGUAAGUAAGUAAGCUCAACAAAGAGGAAAGACUCAAUCUUUAGAUUACUAUUUUUAGCAAUUUGGUUGGUAUUUCUGGGUUCACAUUAUCCACCAUUAUUAAGUUUCAAGGUUUUUGGUAGCUAAAAAGUCACUUGAAACUUACUUAAUUCUAGAUUUCUGGUCUUGAUUUGCUGGGUCUCCUUCAACUCACAUUAUCACCAUACUGCUUCAGCUCCGUACGUGUAUCCUCAACGCUUAACCGGUUUAAUUUUGCAACACAUUGUGAAACUUAAGUUUACAUAGGCCGAAUGAUGCCUGAAAAAUGGCUACUAAGAGUCCUGGUGCUAUUAAUCGGCAUUCUUCCCUGUAUUCUAGGUGCAUUCAUUGGGAUAGAUAUAGGAACACAUUUAUCUAAAUUGCCACCGGCAUCAGAAGUUAUUGCGAUUCUUAAAGCCAAUGAGAUCACUCAUGUUCGACUUUUCGAUGCUGAUUCUCACAUGCUCAAUGCCCUUGCCAAUACAAGCAUAGAAGUAAUGGUUGGUGUAACAAACGAGGAACUUCUCGGUAUUGGGCAAUCACCAUCAGUUGCUGCAGCUUGGGUAAACAAAAACGUGGCAGCAUAUGUUCCCGACACUAAUAUCACUUCCAUUGCCGUUGGUAGUGAGGUUUUGACUAGACUCCCACACGCCGCUCCUAUUCUUGUUCCUGCCAUGAAUAACAUCCACAAAGCUAUUGUUGCAUCCAACUUAAAUUUCAAGGUCAAAGUCUCCACCCCGCACUCCAUGGACAUAAUGUCUAGACCUUUUCCUCCUUCAACCGCCAUCUUCAACUCAUCAUGGAACUCUACUAUGUACCAGGUUCUUCAGUUCAUAAAGAAUACUAACUCUUAUUUCAUGCUAAAUGCAUAUCCUUAUUAUGGGUAUACAAAAGGAGAUGGCAUUUUCCCACUUGAGUAUACUCUUUUUCAACCACUUUCCUCAGUCAAACAGAUUGUUGAUCCAAAUACUCUUUACCAUUACAAUAGCAUGUUUGAUGCAAUUGUGGAUGCGGCUUACUACUCAAUUGAUGCUUUCAAUUUUUCCGGGGUAUCAGUAGUUGUGACCGAAACCGGAUGGCCAUCAAGUGGGGGUGCUAAUGAACCUGAUGCAACCGUGAAAAACGCUCAGACUUACACCAAUAAUUUAAUCCGAAGGGUUAUGAAUAACUCGGGCCCACCUAGUCGACCCGCAAUACCAAUAAAUACAUACAUAUUUGAGUUGUUUAAUGAAGAUGAUCGUCGUGGUCCUAUCUCUGAGAAAAACUGGGGUUUGUUCUUUACAAAUGGCUCCACUGUUUAUCCGCUGGGUACUGGUUCUGGUCAAAUGGCAGGAAAUUCCACUGGUCUAUUCUGUAUAGCAAAGGCAGGUGCAGAUGAAGACAAGCUGCAGAAGGCCUUGAGCUGGGCUUGUGGUGAAGGUCAUGCUAACUGUACAGCCAUUCAAGAAGGCGAGCCGUGUUAUUACCCUGAUACUAUUGAAAACCAUGCCUCUUAUGCGUAUAAUGAUUAUUAUCAAAGGAUGAGUAGUGUUGGUGGAACUUGUGAUUUUGAUGGUACAGCAACUACCUCUACUGCCGAUCCUAGUUACGGUUCAUGUGGUUUCACUGGGAGCGUGAAUUCAACAGCUGGUAGAGGAUACAGUCCGACAGCAGACGGUCCAGUUAGUCCGUUCAUGGGCAGUAGGAGCAGCAUGUUAUAUCCUGAAAUAGGAGUAAUAAUAGUUGGGAUCUUUUUGCAUUGGUUUUGGCUUUAAUGCGCGAAUGGUUGAUUGAAUUUUUGUAUCCAAUACAAUACUAAUGAGAUAGAUUGAUUGCUUUGUUAGUGACUGUUUUAGGAUGUCAGCAAUUCAUGUUAUCAUGUAGUAGUAGUAGUAUUAUUAUGUUCAGGUAUUCCAAUUGUCUGUAAUCAAAUGCAAUUUUUUUGGCCUACAUAUAUCAGGUGUUCUGUUCU